AACAGAUGUCCGACUGUCGCAUAAACAGUUCCUGUGUUCACGCAUAGCUUAUCGGAAAAACAACAAAUCUGCUAAUUAAAUACGAGUUAUAAUCAUUUCAUUAAUUAAAUAUUAAAACUAUAACGGAAUAACAACUCAUUUGUGCAUAUAGUGUAAGCUAUCUACGCGCCCUGCAUUUUGAUACUGAACAAAGAUGGCGGCGUCCUUGAGCAGCACAGUGAGCGUGAGGCUGCUGAGUUCUUUAUUCAGGUCCGGCUCCUCUGGAAGCAGAGCCCUCCAUGUCACCGCAGUGUGCUGCAAGAAUCGAGCAGCUCGUGUCCGAGUGGGCAAAGGAGACAAACCUUAUACGUAUGAGCAAGCACUGCCACCUCAUCACAUCGGCCACCGCAAAGGAUGGCUGUCACAGCAUACCGGUAACCUGAAAGGAGAGGAGGGAGCAGCUGAUCGGACCGUAGAGGACCUGUUCGUGAGGCGGUUCAUGUUCGGGACCUUCCACAGCUGCCUGGCCAAUGAGAUCGUGAUCAAAAGGCGCGGCAACGUGCUCGUAGUGUGCGCUUUAAUGCUUCAGAAGUUACCACCACAGAAGUUUUACUUCCUAAUCGGAUACUCAGAGACAAUUUUGUCGCACUUGUACAAAUGCCCCGUCAAGUUAGAGGUUCAGACCCUGCAGGAUAAAGCUGUGUACAAGUACCUCUAGUGGAAGUGUGUAGUACUAAUACAGAAUGUUUCUGUAUACGGCCAGCUGAAUUUUGCUCUUGUAUUAAACCCACUUUGUUCCUGUCAUUCGUGCUCACAGUGAUGUCAUCUUCUGUUUUCAAUUAUUUGUGCUUUUGUGAAUAAAACUCUCAGA